AUGGGAUUUGUUAUUGCCACGCUAGAUUCUGCUACCUACAAUAUCAUUUUGGCUCCUUUUUGGCUUUCUUUACCUCUUUUCACUACAUUCCCUCGCCACAUCAUUACCAACCGUCCUCCUCACCAAAAGAGCAACACCCAAAUACAGCACGUUGUUAGAUAUCAGGUUACGAACAGCAAGCCAGAAUUUGUCAACAUGUACGGGCUCCUCUCCAGCUGCUUUAUGGAACUUGCACUUCGGCAGCAGAGACACCAAGCGGCAACUAUAGUACAAGAAUGA